UGUGGGAGGGAUGUUAGGUGUUAAGGAAGAUCAACAGGAAGCUUUUUUGUGAGAAGCUCAGUCACUGCUGUCACACACUUCAAUCAGCCGCUCUGUCUGGGUCGUAUAAAUGGUCAUGGGGAUUUAUGAUUCGAGAAGCUAAAGCAGAAUGGAGUUUCGGAAUUUUCUCGUGCUAGUAAUAGGAGGUGUCUUUGGAUCAACCUUGGUGAUAAUCAUUGUAUUCAUCAUCAUCAAUAUGUGCAUAAGAAAGAAAGUUGCUAAAUAUUCUGCAGCAUCGGCAAAUUACACUAAACAAAGCUACGAAAUGAACAACUCGUUUAAGCGCAAUGUUCAGGAAGACAUCAGACCUCCACUGCCUCCGAGAAACAUAUUAGACUCACAGUCCAAUUCCAAUAGUUAUGAGGACAUGCCCGAAGGACCUUUCGAGGCAGAGGAAAAAUUGUCUUUACAGAAACCUGUAAGCAGCUCUCCUCUUAAGAACUGCAUCAACGUUCAGGACAACUGCAGCGCCGCAGAGAGCUAUGACGAUGUGGAUGAACUUCAAAAUGCGGAAGAUACCAACAGUUAUGAGGAUAUGCCCGAAGGCCCUUUGGUAGCAGAUGGAAAACCAUUUAUACAGAACUCUGUUGUCAUCUCGCCUCCUAACACCUGCAUCAACUUUAAGGACAACUGCAGUGCCUCAGAGAGUUAUGACGAUGUGGACGAACUUCACAAUGUGCAACACAACUCUGAAGACGUCGUAUCGUUGCCGGACUACCUGGACGUGCAGCCACCUCCGUUCGAGAACGAGUCAGACAACGCGUCAGAAAACUACGACGACAUCGACGAGCUCCACUGCGAAAAGGAGGACACUGAGGACUAUGAUGACGUGGGAUGAAAGACCAAAUCUUCCGUCGUGUCCUUAGGGAAAAAAGAUGUCCGAAGAGAUAUGAAACAUCUUUCAGAGGCUCUACACAAAACUUUGGACCUCUUUUUCCACUUACUGUUGCACUUUGUUUCAUGAGGAAGUCGAUGUCUCUUCUGCCAAGAGAUUUAUGUAGUUUACGGUGACAAAUUCUAUCUUUUUUUUUAUUUAACUUUUUAAACUUUUGUAAUUUUCUAUGUAUUUCCCCAGGAUGUGCCUGGGUCAAUUAUUUAAAUAUGGAAAUUCACUAUUUUAUGUAAAAUACUGCACACGGCGCAGGAGCUACUGUACUGUCUAGAUAACACGACCAUAAACUGAACUAGCGCUUUGGGUGAUAUGAAGGAUCAUCUUCAAUUGUCUCUCGGUCUGUUUCUUUUGCAGAAACACUGGUAAAUAAAAUUCCUGAUCAUAAGAUACAGCACAAUUUAACAGUAGUACUGGUUAUUAAAAUAUAUUUUUACAUUUAGAUUGCAGUAGACCUCUAGUUAAAAGGCUCAUCUGGUAAGUUGGUCUUUUGUUAAGUCUCAUUUUAUGGCUAUAUAUGGC